CGAAUGCCAGGAGGCUAAUAAUAAUAAUAAUCGGGUGAUGUAUUAGCCUGCUCCAGCAGACUCUGGGUACAGCAGAGACCAGUUGAGAGGCGGGACCCCAGCUCAUCCCCCGCAAGCACAACUAGGAGCCUGUUAAUGAGUGGUCAGAAUUAAAGCAGCUGGGCGUACUCUGGCACCACUGUGGCGGAGGCGGCGCCACUGCCACACUUGUCAUGGACUCCAGGCAGGCAGAAACUAGUGUAGGAAGAGGAAGUGGUGAGGCAAUGAGCGAGCAGGAGGACUUAUGGCUGCGUGCGGCCACACCUGCCGAGGAGUACUUGGAGGUAGCACACCAGCACGGGACCGUCCUCACCUGCUACACUCUCCACCUCUCCUCUCACAACCCUCUUCACCAGAAUACACUCACCUCUGCCCUCACUCACCUCUACAGGAAAGUUGGGUUGCUGCGGGUGUGUUUGCGGCUGCGGGAGGGGCAACUGUGGCUGCGUCAGAUGGAACACUGCAUCAUUGACUUUAAGACUGUUGAGGGAGCUGGACUGGAAGAAGUGGAGGAGGAGCUCACUCGUGGCCGCUACAACACUGCCGACGGCCCCUUGUGGCGUGUGAGGCUCCUCGCCCUGCCUGCGACACAACCUUCCACCGAUCAAGAUCCGGCUUUCUGCCAUAGGUACGCCCUCCUGUUUGGUGUCCAUCAUGUAUUAGCCGAUGGCUUCUCCAACAUUAAAAUCUGCAACAUGUUGCAUUCCAUCCUGGACGACGUUAUUGCUGGCCGGCCAGUUGAUGACGAGGUCCAGUUCGGCCGACACCUCGGCAAUGAACUCUUACAAAAGCUUUACCAAGAAGAGGAGAAAAAGUUACUGGAGGAUCCAGAACUAAGGGAAAAGGUCACAAGAUCGCUGGCGGAGGGUGCUGACUGUCGGCCUCUGCUACUAGACGUCUUUCCUGCUUCAGGAACUACUGAAGUAAAAACCUCCUUUGUUAAUACUCACUUUGACAAAGAUAUAUCCCAGCUUUUCCGUCAAAAGUGUAAGUCAGAGAGAGUGAGCCUACACUGUGGUCUGGUGGGAGUCAUCAAUGCCACCUUCAUAGCCCUUGUUAAAGGCCGCUGUCAGUUUCCUCCUGAACUGAUGUUCCGGGCUGGCCAUGAUGUAAACAUACGCAGAUAUUACCAAGGUGACACCUCUGACAUUCUUGGCAAUCAUGUUCCCUUAUUUGGCUUCAGGAUUUCUUUCAAAACCUCUCAAGACCUCAUGUCAAAUUUCUGGCCUACGGUAAGGGAAUUUCACAAGCAAUUUCAGUCCCAACUGAAUGAUCGUUACCCACUGAAAAAUGUGGCACUAAUGUUAAGGAACAAAUCUAAAUCUGAAAAUAUUGAUGACCAUUUCCAAUCGGUGGAGGCACCGGACAGAUAUUGCACUAUAUCCAAUUUGGGUGAUGUGACCAGCAUGUUCACAGGUGUUGUAGAGUGUGUGAAGGUGACCAAGCUGACGAGGAAGGCGUCUAUACGAGCCAUGAACAGCUUCAUGUGCUUAUAUGUGCACUCCCUCCACGGCCGCCUUGAUGUUACCAUUGGCUUCUCCACUCGCUUCUUGGAUCAUAACUUUGCCCAAGCUUUCAUGGACAUGUUGAACACAACUAUUUCAACACUGUGUCACGCCUGAUCAUGUGUCGUGCAUGACCAUGUAUCCCAACCAUGUCACGCCUGAUCAUGUGUCUCCCAACACAGAAGCAACAGCACCUCCAAUAUACAACAUGAGCUCUUGACACAAGAACUCUUGUGACCACGGCUCAGCAGUGUUCCCAAGUUGACACAAGAACAAUGUAAUCAUUGUCCUGAAGACCGUGACCCUUGGUGAGGGACCAGAGUCUUAGAGGCAGGGGACGAGGUGUUGUUAAUGCUGCUGCUGGUGUAGUCAAGCCACAUGUUAUAUGCUAAUAGACUUGUUUGAUAAUAAUAUAAAAAAUAAUUCAC